AUGUCGCAGCCUCCUUCCGGACCACAGGACAUGACCAACAUCGCGCAGCAGGUGGCGAACGACUUCGUGUCGGAGGGCAUGCGGUCGAUGUUCACGGGCUUCCUCAAGGGCAACACACACGACAACGACUACGACGGCAACUGCGCGGCCAACCCCAACGCGCCGACCAACAGCGCGGCCAGCGACACCACCAAGGACGACAAGAUCCUCGCCGCGAUCAACAACCUCGCCGAGUCGCUCAAGGAGAAGACGAGCGCGCCGCCGGGGCCCAACACGGGGUCCAUUUCUACUGCGCCGCUCCUCGUCAACGAGGACGCCAUGGCGAAGAAGAUCGCCGCGGAGGUCGCGGACGGCCUCAAGGAGGCGGUGGUGCCCUUCUUCAAGGCGCAGGCCGGCUUCAUGCAGAAGAUGCUGGCCAAGGAGACGUCGCUCCCACGGCAGCGCCUCUCCUUCGGGUCGCCGGAGGUGACCGAGCUGGACGACUCGCCGAAGGCGGCGGAGGAGACUGGCCUCGAGGAGGAUGCGGCGGCGUAG